AAAAACCCGCCACCAUACCCGUCCCGAGCCCCUCCCUAGAACGGCAACUACAUCAAUUCCAGUCAUUAAUUAAAAUACUGUCCGAAAAAAUGGCUCCAAAGAAGCAACCGCCACCGGCAGCAUCAGGUGCCCGACCGCGACGCGUCACUAGAGCCACCGCCAAGCUCACAUCUCCUGAACCCAGCCCUUCCUCCGCCACUACUAAAUCUCCAAAACAUGUCGUCCCUAAAACGACACCGCAACCAGCUCCCAAUGUUAACGUUUCACCGUCUCCUUCUCUUUCAGCUCCAAUUUUCACCGAAACGACGCCGGUUACUUUCAGUGCAGAAACUGCGGCAAACAACGGUGGAGAAGAGAAAGAAACUCAGAGAAUCAAUUGCGCGGGAAACGAAACCCUAGAUAAUAAUAUUAAUGCGAGUCCAGAAAUUUCAGGCGGAAUUGAGGAGAAAGAAUCAACGACGCCGAAGAAGAAGAAGACGGUGAAGAAGGUAAUAGUGACGGUUGUGAAGAAAGUAGUUAAAAAAAGAGUGCCUAAAUCCAUGAUUAAAGAAUUGGCUGCUGCUGCUGCUUCUGGUUCUUCUUCGAGUCCGAUUAAAGAGUUAAAUAAUAAAGAAGAAGACGUUUCCGAUGACAACAACGACGACGAUGAGGAUGAUAAAUUAAAUAGUGAAGGGAUGGAGGAGGAUAAAGGUUUGCCAUUGUCGGUUGAAGAAGUUGUUAAUAUGGAGGUUGAUGAUUUGAUAACAAUGGGUGAAGAGGGAAAUGGAGUAGUUGAUGCACUAAAGAAUGAGCUUGUAGUUCAAAAUUCGGAUUUUGCUACAGCAAUGCCCGUGGAAACUGUGAACUCAGAAUUAGUUAGGGGAGCGCAUAUGGACAAUGCUGUUCAAGAGGCUGAUUUUUCUGUUGAGAUGCCCGAGGAAGUAGCAAACUCGGAAUUACUAAGAAUUAGAGAAAAUGAGAAUAUAGCUGAAAAAUCUGAUUCUCCAGCUGAAGUGCUAAUGGAAGCGGUUAAUGCAGACUUAGUUAGGGAUAUAGGUAAUAGUAAUGAUGAUAUAGUUCAGAAGUCUGAUUUUACUACUGCAAUGCCCAUGGAAACUCUGAACUCAGAAUUAGUUGGAGGAGCACAUAUGGACAAUGCUGUUCGAGAGGCUGAUUUUCUUGUUGAGAUGCCCGGGGAAGUAGUGAGCUCGGAGUUACUUAGAAACAGAGAAAAUGAGAAUAUAGCUGAAAAGUCUGAUUCUCUUGCUGAAGUGCUAAUGGAAGAGGUGAAUGCGGAUUUAGUUAAGGAUAGAGGUAGUAAUAAUGAUGGUAUAGUUCAGGAGUCUGAUUUUGUUACUGCAGUGUCUGUGGAAGUUGUGAAUACGGAGUUAGUUGGGGAUAGCAGUAAUGAGGCUGAAGUUCAUGUGACAAAUUCUACUACUGAAUUAUCUAUGGAAGUGGCAAAUGCCGAGUUAGUUGAGAAUAAAAACAACUGUGAUAUCGGUCAAAAUUCUGAUUCUUGCACAGAAAUUCCCAUUGGAAUGAUUAAUGUGGAUUUAGUUGGGGAUACAAAGGAUGAUGGUGUAGCUCUAGAGAACGAUUCUUCUACAGAAAUGGCCAUAGAAGCGAUAAAUGCAGACUUAGUCGGGGAUAGACAUGACACGGGUGUGGCACAAGCUGUGGGCUCGAGUACUGGAUAUGGAGAAGACGGAAAGGGGUAUGGUGAUGCGGGCAAAGGGAAGAUACCAUUGAGUGGAGAACUGGAAGCUUUGGAACGGAGGAGGAGGAGAAGGACAGAGAUUUUUAUUGGGGGUUUGCACACUGAUGCUAAGGAAGAGGAUGUCAGGAAUGUUUUUGAGGAAGUUGGUGAGAUUGUAGAAUUGAGGGUGGUUUUUAAUAGCAAGACAGGGAAGAAUAAAGGCUAUGCAUUUGUGAAAUAUGCUUCAGCUGUUGAUGCAAAGAAGGCACUGGAGAAAUAUGCAAAAGUUGAGAUUUGUGGAAAACAGUGUUCUACAGCACCUGUUGAGGGCAAUGACACCAUUUUUCUUGGCAACAUUGACAAGAAGUGGGCAACUACAGAUGUUACUGAACUAUUGCAAGAGAUUGGAAUUGAGAAAAUAGAUAAAGUCACAGUGAUGGCCAACCCUUCUAAUGUUGCACGAAAUCGAGGGUUUGCUUUUGUAGAAUUUGAAACUUACAAAGACGCUCAAAAUGCUUACAAGAAACUCCAAAAGAAGGACCUCGGAAAGCUUCAAAAUAUAAAAGUUGCUUGGGCCGAACCCAUAAGUGAGCCGGAUGAAGAAGAAUUGCUGAAGGUGAAAUCAGUAUAUGCAGAGUACUUACCUCCUUCUUGGGAUGAGGAAAAAGUGAAAACUUACUUUACAAAGUUCGGAGAAAUUGAUAAUAUUGUUCUCUCUCGAAAUCUGCACUCCUCUAAGAGAAAAGACUUUGCCUUCAUUAAUUUUGAAACCCGCGAAGCUGCUCUUACUUGCAUAGAAACAUUCAAUCACGAGACAUUGGUUGAUGAGGGAUCUCAGGUAAAUGUGAAGGUAUCCCUUGCUAAACCUAUACCUAAGGGAAAACUCCAUAAGAAAAUCUCCGAGCCUCCUACAAAAGAAAUUUCCAAACAGAAGCGGGCAACCCAUUAUCCUGCAAAGCCAACUGAGCCCAGGAAAAAGGAAAGUCCUGUGAUACGUAUAAACAGUCAAAGAAAUAAUGAUUCAAGAUCGCCUGGAACUUCUCAACUUGAACAACUCUUAGCAGAGCGCGCUCUACAAAAGCAAAUGCAAGGAAGAUUGGGGACAGGAACUACAAAUCUGGAAUAUUUUCCAGUUUCACGUGGACAAAAACGCUAUUUUUCUGCAUUGGGAGAUGAUCUAAGCUAUUCAGAUCCUAGAAGACAGACCCAUAUGCGAGUGGAAAAUCCUUUUCCAGUUGGAAGAAGUCUAAGCCGUGGGGAAGUUCCUCAAGGGGCUGGCACACUGCCUUAUUCAUAUUAUCAGCAACAAGGUCCUGAUUAUGAAGCAGGUCAUAGAUACAUGGAUUAUGCACAUAGCUUUCAGAGGGAAGAACCUCGAUACCAUGGAAGAGGCAGAGGCUACUAUAGAUGUAAGUCUACAGUUUCGUCCCUUUUUCUUUUAUCUUAGUAUCAAGGUUCUUCAAAUGUCCCAGAAAGUUCACUGGUUGGGAUUAGAAUUUAGAACAACUCAUUUCUACAAAAUCAUCGUGCAGUUUCAACCUUCAAAUUUCUUAUCACUAUUUUUUUUAUUUAGCGUGUGGUACUGGCUGGAGGUUGGAGAUAACGUCAGUACUUAUAAAUUGAGGCUUUAAGAGCCUUUAUUAUAUUUUAAAUGCCAACCACUAGAAUAUCAUACACUACUGAACACUUCAUACAUUUAAAAGAACAAACCCAAAACUCUCUUCAGUGUUUUUCUUCUAAUAUGGUUAAAAAAAUUCACCACGGGUAUGUAUUUAAGGCUCGUCUCUUAUGCUGUAAUUGGAGUGUGCUUUCUUCGAUUCGUUUUCAUUUAUGCAAUCUCCUAUUUACGCUUCUCCGUCACUAAUUGUUCUCUGUUGUGUAUAGAUUGACGAGCUUAUCUGAUAUUGCAGAAUGGCAGAAUUGAGUGCUCUGAGUAUUAACCAGAAAUUUUGUACCCUAGCAUCCUUCUCUUCACCCUGUAUCAUGUGUUAUUGACAAAUUUAUAAUAUUGUACAUAGCAACUGAUUCCAUUGUAUGCAUAUUCUAAUUGUUAGAUAUUUAUUAGCUGAAUUAAGUGUUAAAUAUAUGUUGAUCAUUAAAUUUCAUCAA